AUGGAGAACAUCCCCCGCAUUGCCAUGCACACCUUCAACAACUACUAUCCAUCAGAAGCAGCGAUGCUACUUCGCGUCAACGAAAGUUUAUCUUCACUGGUCGCGCGGCGCUUUGAGGCUGCAAAGGAGGGCGAUCACCUUCUAUUUUCCCCGACCCACCUAUCAAUUGUCAAUUCAGCAGGGAUACCAUUUCAAUUGCGCUACUGCCCCGCCCUUGCGAAGAAACCAUCGAACCUCAAACCCGAGAACGAGCCAAAGCUACCAAAGCAACCAAAAUUCGAUCCUUUCAAAGACCCCUCACCAGAGCUAUUGAUUGCAAGCUUCCCAUCGCACGCACUCGUUCUCAAUAAAUUCCCCGUAAUUCCGAACCACUUCAUAAUUACAACUAAAGAAUGGAAGGCACAAACCGAUUUGCUUGAAAAGACGGACCUGCAAGCCACCUACGAAUGCCUUCAGAUCUGGGAUGACGAUGGCAAGACACCUCGAGCAACCCCACCCACAAAUAGACUGUUUGCAUUUUUCAACUCUGGCGAUGAGAGUGGCGCUAGCCAGCCCCAUCGCCAUCUUCAGUUUCUCCCCGUUGAAGCGAUGCGCCAACAAGGGCCAGGGUCGGAGUCGGAGUCGGAGGCAUGGCAUCCUCUGAUUGACCUCAUAGAGAACCAACCCCAGGACGACACCUCUAAUUCCAAGUUCCAGCACCUACCUCAACUCCCAUUCGCUCAUUUUGCCCUCCCGCUACCACCAAAUCCCUCCCCAGAUACCCUCCACAGUAUUUACCUGGCUCUAUAUAGAGCUGCUGUCGCAUGUUCGGAGGGCCGAAAUGCGCUACAAGAAACAGUCUCAACGCCAUCAGAGGGGCCAGCAGCAGUGGCCUAUAACCUUGCCAUGACCCUCACCACAAUGAUGAUCUGCCCUCGCAGACAGGAAACGGCACAACUACCAGUUGACGUGGCUGCCGCUGGACAAAUUGAAGACCAUGGCGUUGUGUCUUUGAAUGGUACCAUUCUGGCUAGUACACUCAUGGUCAAGGCCGAGGGUGAAUGGAAUGCGCUACGGGGAAACCCGGAAUAUUUAAGUCGCGUGCUUGCUACUGUAGGGUACCCGAAAGCGGACUCUCAGGGGACUUGUCUCCUGUGA